AAAUGUUUAUCCAGCUAUAUAAUUGUUUGAAUAAAUGCAUAUAGAUAUAACGUGUCCUGGUUAUGACAAAAGGUACAAAAUGUAAUAUAAAGGCUAUAUUUAGUUGCAAAUCAACAUGUUUAAUGCUUACCAAGCAAUGAAAAUCAACCCUUUUUUUAGGAAAAUAGCUCAAAGAUACUAAUGCAAAACAAGAUUAAAAUCAAUGAUUCAAACCAGGUUUUUCUCCCAGAUGAUUUAAACCAGGAAUAAAAUUGUUGAUUGAAAUCACAUUGAAUUGUAUCAAUCCACCUAGCUCAGGAGAGCUGGGGUCAAUUUCCUGGCUCUGAAAUGUACUCCUUGUUUGAGUAACUUAAUCUCCCCUAAAAAAACAACAAGGAGUCCGGUGGCACCUUAAAGACUAACAGAUUUAUUUGGCCAUAAGCUUCAGAUACAUCUGAAGAAGUGAGGUUUUAUGCCCAAAUAAAUCUGUUAGUCUUUAAGGUGCCACCAGACUCGUUGUUUUUGUAGAUACAGACUAACAUGUCUACCCCCUGAUACUUAAUCUCCCCUGUGUCUCAGGUGUCUCCGGUGUGCAUUGGUAAAAGAAGGGUAAUAAUCUGUCCUGCCUAUUAAGAUUGUAAACUGUCCAUCGGCGCCCAGGAGCAGCAGGUGGGAGCUAUGGGGAGACACGCACUGGAUGGAGAGAUCCUGGCACUGCGCAAAGUGUCGUUAAUCCCACGUCGCGAUGCCCCGUCAAACACCCCUCGGGGGUGAAAUGUGGGUUGAUUUUGCCAAUGCCGAACCCUUCGCUCUGCGACAGCCCAGAUCUCUGGCAGCCCCGGGAAGGGUCGGGGGCUGGCUGUGGGUGUUGCCAGGUAACCCCUCUUCUGUGCUUUGGGGGGUGCUAUUAGGGCUCCGAAAGCAGAUGGGGGGAUCGGACCCCGCAGUUAGCUCCAGGCUGCACGGGACUGGGUGAGAGAAAUGCCCAUGAACAGCUGGCCAGGAGAAGGGGGAUCCCGGAAAGCUCAUUAGCAGGUGGGUUCACUGAUUGGUUUAAUGCAUGUUCUCGGCAGUGCUGGCACCGUAAGCACCCAGGUGCUGCUUGGGGGGAGCUGGGCAGGGCCGGAGCUGUGGGGCUCACAGGGCUUGUAGCCUCUGAGGGGGUGGGAAAGCAACCGGCUCGGCCAGUCUGACUUGCUGGGGACAGCACAGUGCCAACAGGAAACCGGGCAGCCUGGAGCACCCGGCAGGAGGGAGAGCGAGGCGGGUCCCUGCCCACGAGAGGUAGUGCCUGGCAUGCCAGGAGCCCAGGGCGGGUGCCCUUUAGGUUUGCCAACUCUCCAGAAUUGGCCUGGAAUCUCCAGGAAUUAAAGAUGACUCUUUAAUUAAAGAUUAUGUCAUGUGAUUAAAUCUCCAGGAAUACGUCCAGCCAAAAUUGGCAACUCUAGUGCCCUGGCCGGCCCACGGAGGGGCAGGACCGAUGCAGUUGCCCUGAGCGGUGACACCAUCAUUGUCCCUUCCUCAGCUACACGGAGCUCCGGCCAUCACCUAGCCUGGGACGGCUACAGCCCCCUCCCCCCCCCCCCGCUGUGCCAUGAGGAUAACAGCGCCUGGCGCUAGGGUUGCCAGGUGUUCGGUUUUUGAUGGCAACGGCGGGUUGAAAAGGGAUCCUGGCCACUCCGGUUAAAAGUUCAGUUGCCUCUUCAGGUCCAAGGAAGCUGCUGGCAUCUCCCUCUGGCUCCUAGGCUUAGGGGUGUUCACGGGAGCUCGGCAUGCUACUCCCCUGACCCCCAGCUCUGGCUCCACAUCUCCCAUUGGCUGGGAACUGCAGGGGGGCAGCACCGGCAGAGCAACGGCAGCGCGCAGAGCCGCCUGGCCACACCGCCGCCUAGGAGACAGAGGGAAAUGCUGGCAGCUUCUCGGGUGCCGCCUGAGGCUGCCCCCGCAUCAUCUCACGCCGACAGUGGGGGGCCCAGCCCCCAAGAAGCAGGGUCCCUAUGAGGACCCCAGUGCCCUACGUCAUCAUCCACCACACGGCAGGGAAUCCCUGCACCUCACAGGCCUCCUGCAGCCGGCAGGUCAGGGGCAUCCAGAACUACCACAUGGACACCCGGCGCUGGCCCGACAUCGGCUACAACUUCCUGAUCGGCGAGGACGGCAACGUCUACGAGGGCAGAGGCUGGAGCACCGUGGGGGCCCACGUCAUGUACUGGAGCGCCAAGUCGCUGGGAUUCAGCUUCCUGGGCAACUUCUCCAGCAGAGCCCCCAACGCUGCCGCCCUGAACGCCGCCAAGAGCCUGAUCCAAUGCGCCGUCAACAGGGGCUCCCUAAGCAGCAGCUACACCCUGAAGGGGCAUCGCAACGUGAGCCAGACCGACUGCCCCGGGAACGCCCUCUACAAUGUCAUCACCCAGUGGCCCAGGUUCAAAGCCUGAGUCCCUGCAGCCUCGGGGCAGCCCCUGCGCCCAUCACUGACCCCGCCUGCGGCUUCUGCCUGCCCAAGCAGCACCUCCGCCCCCCAGCAGGGGGCAGCCUCGUGCUUCCUGCCCACCUGCUGCCUCCUGGGGCCUGGAGAGCAGGGAUCUGAGAGUUGGGGUUACGCUCCCGUCUCCCCUGGGCUCUGCUGCCGUCACCCCAGGGGGCUCAGAUUUCUAAUGGUGCCUUGGAGCCAACUGCCUCCCCCAGGUGGCUUCCUGCGGCAGAGGCCAGGCCUAGCCCCUCGCUCCCGCCCAGAACGGACACGUCGGCUCAGCCCGGGUCCACACACAGCCAGGCCCAGGGUCUGACAGCAUCCAGGGGGUGGGGCCAAUCCUCAGCCGAGCUCCAUGGCGACGGCCCUGCCAAUCCCUGGGCAGCUCAGGGAAUGUCGCCUCCAUUCCCGUGUUAAACGUCUGAGCAAUUCUCACUUCCAGAGUCAAACCCUCCUCUGCCCCCAGCCCCCGACAUCUGCAGCAAAUUCAGCUGGACUCCCCCAGAAAUUGGUCGCUAUUUACCCCACCCCACAAAGGGAACCCCAGUGUCCCUGAGCCCUGACCCGCAGCUCGGCCUGGCCCCUGCAGGGGCUGGCUCUCAAAGCUUUCAGCCCCAGCCCCUUUCGCUCUGACAGUCCAUUCCCGCCAGCCUCUCACCGAGGGGGGGCGAAGUGUUUGGAUCUUCACGCGGCAGGUGCCUGGGAAGGACCCGGCGGGUGGUUCGCAGAGACCCACAAAGGGGUUUUAAUUCAAGUGCGAU